AUGGCGACGGGCGUCGAUGCGAAGCUGCUGAAGAGCACCAAAUUCCCACCAGAAUUCAAUCAGAAGGUGGAUAUGCAAAAGGUGAACUUGCAGGUCAUGAAGAAAUGGAUCGCCAACCGUGUAACCGAGAUUCUGGGGAGCGAGGACGAUGUUGUCAUUGAGCUGGUUUUCAACUUGAUUGAAGGGGCGAGACAUCCCGAUAUUAAGUCGCUGCAGAUCCAGCUGACGGGGUUUCUCGACAAGGACACGCCGGCAUUCUGCAAGGAGCUGUGGAAGCUCAUGCUCAGCGCCCAAGCUAGCCCCCAGGGCGUGCCCAAGGAGCUGCUGGAGGCCAAGAAAUUGGAGCUUAUGCAGGAGAAGAAGAGGCCCGUCAGCGGCGAGAGGAAUUUGAACGCCGAGACCGUGGUAGGGGCGGGAGAGGCGGAGGUCCUAGCCGGGUCGAUUCCUGGCGCGGAGGCCGCGAUGAUAGAGAUCGAGGAGAGUUCGGACGUGGUGGCGGCCGGUCUCGUUCCCCGCCACGUUACCGUGACAGGGGUGAGCGCGGUGGCCGUGGAGGUCCCCGAGGUGGUUGGAAAGAUACAUACGUGCCCCGGGGCGGUUCACCUCCUCGACGCGGGUCAUCUCCUCGACGCGGGUCACCUCCUCGACGCGGGGCUGGGGGACGCCGGGACGGUCCAUCUCUCGCUCACCUACCCCGCCGCCGCGGCGACGCCGGGCCAGAUCUCGGUCUCGAACCCCACCUCUUCGCGAUGCACCCAAGCGGCGCCGGUCCCCGCUUCGGCGAGGCCGUACACGUUCAUUGUCGUCCGACCGCAGAUCACCAUCACCAAAGCGUCGACGCUACUCUCCGUCUAG